AUGUCAUUGAUUCGAUCAGCAAGUGGCCCAGCAGGUGGUUUAAGCAUCAACACCGGCACUGCUAACGCCUUCCUAUUUACUUGCAUACCUGACUUUGAUAACCUCAACCUCAACCUCAAUCACAACCUCUUCAACCUUCCUCUCACUAAUCCGCGCGACUUUAUCUACAGCGGCGCCACUGCUUCUAAACCUUCAGCUUCUGGCAGUCUCUUUGGUUCAUCUGCCUCUGCCACUCCCACAGCCAACACCAACACAACAGCAGCUCCAGGCGCAACGGGCAACAUGUCUCUCUUUGGCGCAGCGAAGCCGGCGACGGGGGGUCUUUUUGGACAAUCGACUACGGCAAACACAGCUGCACCCUCAACUGGAGGUCUUUUUGGAAACGCCGGCGCUACAAACACUCAGCAGACACAGAGCACUGGUGGAGGACUUUUUGGUAACACCGCCAACAACAACACCCAACAAGGUCAACAGCAGGCCAGCACCGGUGGCGGGCUCUUCGGUAAUGCUGCUGCCAACAACACGCAGCAGCAGGGUCAACAACAGACUGGCGGCGGUCUUUUUGGACAAUCGACCCAGAACCAAAACCAACAACAGCAACAACCUCAGCAAACAGGAGGUCUUUUCGGCCAAUCUACAGCAACAAAUACUCAGAGUAAUACAGGCGGUCUCUUCGGUCAAUCCCAAGCAAAGCCUGCGGCGAGCAACGGUCUAUUCGGCCAAGCUCAGCCUCAACAAAACAACACACUGGGUCAAUCGACAAACCAAGUCUCGGCCGUCCAAAUCAACUACGACAACAUUCGCCCACGAUCCCGCUUCGAUGAUCUCGCCAAGCCUGUACAAGACGAAAUUGCGCUGCUGGACAAGGGUAUCCAGCGGGUUAUCAAGAUGCGAGACGAGAUUGGCGAAUUCAUGCCUCAGCACGAGAAGGAUAUCGAGCAGCUUGGUCUCGACGUAAAAUUUGUCGAGUCCAAAUUCCGAACUGUCCAAGUCGCCCUUAACAACGAUAUCCAGACCGUGAAAGCUCUCCAGGAUCAAACCCGAAAGAACGCCGCCGAUGCUCGACUUUGCUUCCGAGGCGCCGACAAUCUGAAGCUUCCGACACAUUACCACCAGACUGGUCUGUUUGCCAGCCAGGCACCCGCUGCCGACACCAACGGCGCAGACGCUGCAUCCACACACGCAGAUGCGCAGGAUUUAAUCACCUACUUCAACCGCAUCUGUGAUGAUAUUGAGAAGUACAAGACCCGCCUCGAUGAGUACCGCGGCGAUAUUGAGCGAGAUAUGCCCGGCGUUGAGAACGGUCUGUACGAACAGAUUCGGGCCCUGCGCGACCGUAGCGCGGGCAGCGGAGUUGUACAGGAUCAACUCAACGAGGUGUUAUUGGCGUUGAGAGAUACGGGAAGUGCCAUUGUUGCUCAGGCUGGACAAAUUGCCGACACCCGAGAACGACUAUCGCGCCUCCAGGCUGGAAUCGUGGACAGCGGCGUGUAUGCCAUGGGUAUGAAUGCCUAG